AUGCGGCUGGCCUUCUCCUGUGCGGCAACAACCUCGUCGCACGCCUCCUCCAACACCUCUCGCUCCUCGGCCACCGCGCGCAUCGACCUCUCGUGGGUUGCGCGGGGCGAGGCGAUACGGGCCUCCAAGAGCUUGCCAACCUAUUCCAGCCGCCCCCUCUCUUCAACGAGGGCGGCUCCGUCCUUGUUGAGCUCGGCUCGCUCCACUGCCACAGCCACUUCAAGCCGCUCGAUAACCUCCCAGGCACUUCUGAGCACAUCCGGGAGGGGUUCCGGGGCUUGGCUUGAUGGUGGCCGGGUGUUGGGUCCCCUGCGAGCCAUCUCUGCAGAGGCGCUCGGGAUCCCCGAUGACUGCCGCGCCGGCACCGCCCUCGCCGCAACCACCUCCACCGUGGCCACUCGCUUCACCCUCGGAAUGCUCAGGGCGGGCUCGGACGGCGCUGGCUACUCGGGAGCGGCCGCUGCCCUCGGCUCAGGGCAGGUCGGCACCCUCAGCUCCGGGCCCACCGGCGCGCUCGGCUCUGGGGCGGGCGCACUCGGCCCAGGUGCGGGAGCCGGCCUCGGCUGCCUCUGGCCUCCUGCAGGGUCCUUAGGAGGCCUGAAAACAAAAAGGGUUAGUGCCUAA